AUGGAACCCAAGUUCCCCUCCAUUCAGGAGGGCCCCCCACUAUUAGGGGACAAUGGCGUAAAUAACAACAAUAUCGAUGAGGCGCAUUCUGAAUUGAUCGAUUCUCUAGAUCGCUUGACUCUAGCGACAGCGACGCCAUUACCUCUAUCACCUCAUGUUUCUUCUAUUCCAUCCUAUCUUCCCUCUAGAUAUGUUCAAGCGACUCGACCUGUACCUGUUAUCCCUCUACUGCCCAACCGCCCUGCUGGUGUCUCUUUGCAAUCAAAUCAGCCGGUUCUGUCUGCCUCACCACAAACAGCCGGUUCUGUUUCUGUUCGAGACGAACGACGUAAGUCAAUUGCACCACUACAAAAGCGCAAGUCUACUACAUCUCUUCGUUCGGUCUCACAACCGCUCAAAUCUUCAUCUCCAACUCCUGUUCCUUCACGUCGCACAUCAUUCGCUUCUGUGGGAUCCCCAACCACUGCAACAUCACCCGCAAUGCACCCCGCACGCCUUGUCUUCAGCCCGGCUCCUGAAGUUCCAAUUCCGACUGCUUCGUCUGUCGCCGCUGAGCACUUCUCGAAAGAGCUUGGAUUGCACCGAUCCGGUGAUAUCAAUACUAAAACUGCCGUUAUUGUUCACGACGACUGCUAUGGCCAUCGUUACUCCCAACUUGAAGCGCCAAAACGCAUUAUGGAGAGAAUUGUCGAAAGACCAGAGCGCAUCCGCGCCUGCGCUGUGGGCAUCUCAGCAGCCUAUGUCCGCCUUGGCUCUCGGUAUGCGGAAGAUCUCGCGCCAAACCCAAGAUUAAGCUUGACAAAACUUGACGUUCCUUUUCAAAUUAUGAAGACUGAUCGCAAGGUGCAUUUGUCUGAUCCUGCGGUUACCGAUGUUCAUGGAACCCAAUGGAUGUCAGAAUUGAAAUGGAUGGGGGACCUUGCAGAGUCACGUCUCAUCAUGGAUGGAAACGAACUUUCCAGGCAACGGACAGAAGAACACGACGGGCUCGGGACAAGUGGUCCCGCCUUGAAUACCAACGACCUCUACUUAUGCUCGGAGUCUGUGAACGCCUUUGAGGGAGCCCUGGGGGGCGUCUGCGAGGGAGUGGAUCUUGUUUUCAAGUCUGGCCCGAUCCAGCGCGCAUUCGUCUGCAUUCGACCUCCCGGUCAUCACUGUUCAGCUAACUUCCCUUCCGGCUUUUGCUGGAUUAACAACGUUCAUGUCGGAAUUUCCUACGCAGCAACCACCUACGGUCUGACCCACGCUGCGAUCCUUGACUUCGAUCUUCACCAUGGCGAUGGGUCUCAGGACAUUACAUACGAUCACAACUCCAAAUUACUCAACAAAACACAAAAGAUCGACUUAGCCAAUACCGAUGCUAUGAAAUUCAAGGAAUAUGAAGACGCGCCUCCAUACGCCAAAGCAGCAAUCGGCUACUACAGCUUACAUGAUGUGAACUCUUUCCCUUGUGAGAAUGGCGAGCGUGACAAAGUCAUGGGUGCCAGUCUCUGUGUCGAGGCACAUAAUCAGUCCAUCUGGAACGUACAUCUCGAACAGUGGGCUGAUCUCGAUGCGUUCUGGAAAUUGUACCAGACGAAGUACAACGCAUUACUCACCAAAGCCCGCUCAUUUCUACGCGGACGUACAAUUGAGCUCAACCAAGAGCGACAAGAAAAUCCAAAUUCUCCACUGCCCAAGGCGGCAAUCUUUAUCUCUGCUGGGUUUGAUGCCAGCGAGUGGGAAGGUGACGGCAUGCAACGCCACAGCGUGAAGGUGCCGACCGAAUUCUACGCUAAGUUCACUGCGGAUGUCAUCCGCAUGUCACAAGAGGAAGGCCUCGCUGUAGAGGGACGCGUCGUCAGUGUCCUCGAGGGCGGUUACAGUGACCGCGCAUUGUCAUCCGGUGUGCUCAGUCAUCUCUCAGGUCUGAGUGAGAAUUCAGAGUACCAAAGUGAGUGGUGGUCUCACAAUCAUCUGACAGAAUUGGAUGCCAUCAUGGCUCCACCGCCCAUUAAAGGGCGCAAGAAGAGCGCUGCCACUUAUCUGACAGCCACGAAGUCCUUUGCGGCAAAGGUCGUCGCCCCUGGGAGAGAGCGGAAGUCCACCGGGGACCUUGAUGCCAACAUCACCACUCCUUUGCCAGAAGUGAGCUGGGCGGUGGCCACGGGAGAGCUGUCUAAGCUCAUUAUCCCCGAUGACCGCCAGACCUUGAGCUGCCGCCCGGCAGAGCUGAACCGCCAGCGGCGAGAGCAGAUCGCCCAGGAUGGGGGUCUUCACCUUCUCAUCCCCGUCGAGAAGGGGCGCCAGCUGCGCUCGCGCAAACCCAAGGAGUCGGCCACCGUGCCCAGCACCCCCCACCCUGCCACCCCACGACGCCAGCCCCGCAAGGGUCUGAAGACCCCAAAAACCACCAUUGCUGCCACGACCCUCCCUAAUGCCUCCCGCGAGGCCUCUCCGUCAGUGGGUGCUUCUCGUCGAAAGAGCACCAGUCUGACGCGUGCGGGAACUCCGCACAGGGGUGUCAGCCCCAUGAGUCUCCCCCCAGUUCCACAGGUCCCAACGACCGUGAGGGGAGCCAGGGACGGCCCUCGAAUAAUCCUCAACAUGCCGGCGCGGGAGCCCAGUCGUGACCGCAAUUUGUCUGGCGGUGGGGUUGAUCACCACCGCCGUGGCCGCGGCUCAAAGUCCCCCAAGAAAGGGAAGAAGAAGGGUGAAGGCAACUCCGGCGGAAGCCCAGCUGCUUCCGUCCGUGGUUCUCCCCUGAUCACGGUGAAGGAUGCCGUGAUGGAGGAUGCUUAG